CUGUUUAUUUUAGGAAACCAAUUUGCACACGCCCUUAUAGGCAGAGUCAGGCUCUCCAGUCACAUUCUUCAAAAGAAGGGAAGGCAAGAUGAAGAGCUCUUUGUCGCUGUGUGUUGCCUUGGCCAUCUCCUUGGAGAUCAUCCUUGUGGCAGGUUAUCCAGUGGGCCCCAACAAUGAGGAGUACGUGCUGGUCAAUAAUAAGUGUCAGUGUGUAACAGUGACCUCAAAGUUUGUACCCUCCAAAGAAAAUCCUGAUGAGGAAGUCCUGGAAAGAAACAUCCGCAUCCUAGUCCCCCUGAAGGCUCGGGAGAACAUCUCCGACCCCUUGUCCCCACUCAGGACCACUUUUGUCUACCGCUUGAGUGAACUCUGCAAAAAUUGUGAACCCAAAGAAAUUGAGCUGGGUGGGGCAAUCCACCAGGCACAGCAGGGCAACUCCUGCGAGGAACCGCAGACCUGCUACACCUACGACAGGGACGUGUGCUACAGCUCCCCUGUGCCACUGCUGCACCACGGGGAGGUGCAGCAGGUUCCAGCAGCUCUGACACCGGCCUCCUGCUUUGCUGAGUAGCUCGGCUCUCUGCUGUGCCAGAGCCUUGGAGCUGUCCCUAUCCAAAAUGUAUGUAGAGCACCACAGGACCUGGAUGCAGCACCCCAAAUGCUGGCUCCUACACUAACCCAACUUGUCUUUUCCCAUCUCCAGCCUCAGGCUCAUGCCAUCUCCCAAGAGCAGCUCCUGGCUGUCAGUCUCCCGUCUCAUGCCCCUGGCACAUACCUGCAAUGCCACGUUGUGUCUCAGACCAUGCAGAGCAGAUCCCCAGCAGAUAUAAGGCAGUCAUUCCCCUGAAGUCAAGGGAAUGACACCGAUUUACAGCUCUGGGGAAGCAAUCUCCUGCGUGUCUCUCCCCAGCAAGGCUGCCACAGACAUCAGCAGGACUGUCUGUGCCCUCCCCUCCCUUAGCAAUCUAAAGUGACCUCUGCACAACCUUCCUACAAGGUGUUUGAUGACAUUAGCAGCAUUUAUGCCCUUAGAAGAGAGUGGUAAAACCAUAGUUGAGAGAAAAGAUGAGGGACUCUUCUAGCACUUGGACAUCUGCAAGCUUCUAGUUUCCCCAGAUUCAGAGAAGAUCAAAAGAUGCCACUACCCUGAAGUGUUUUGCAAAGUUGCCAAGCCCUCAGCUGUGCCAGGAAUACUCAACCCUUCUGGGAGAUGUUGGGCAUUUCACUUUCCCUGCUGCUUUACUGAUACUGCUGCCUUCUUCCACCCCUGCUCCUGGUUCAAGUGGUAAAAAAAAUCAAGUUGGCUCAAAUUUCUUUACUUGCAUUUAAAACCUUAAAAAAUUCUGUGAACACAACCUAAAUUGCUAGAGCAGGACCCUAGUUCAGGGUUCAGAAUUGGAGUAAUGAAACAGCAAAAACCUUAUUCCCACAAUUGUAGUUUUGUUAAUGAAACUUAAUUCAAUAAACUUUUUUCUGCAUCA